GCGCGCGUUUCGGAGGCUGUCAGUGGGCUAGGGCCGGAGCUCUGGCCCGGAGGCCUGCGUUUUGUGUUCCUUGGGUUGAAGGAGAGGGUGUUUAUAGAAGGUAGCUUUGGGAAGCCCAGGGUGAGGCCUGAGGAACGGCUGCGGUGGGCGUGACCGUGUACUUACUACUGGAUCUCUGUGGUGCUUUCGGCUGUGCAAGUACAGCUCAAUUGGUGAUUAUAGUUGCAUGGAGGAUUGUUGAGAACGUGGUGCUGUGCACAGUACCUCAGAAGGAACUUUGGGCCUGACUUCUGAUCACUCACAAUCAGCAGUGUGAUCUCUAAACUCCUGACAUGCAGGCCUCCAGCUCUAGAUCUGUGCACCUGAGUGAAUGGCAGAAGAACUACUUCACAGUUACGGCUGGCUCUUGCACAGCAGAGCAGAAAGCAGAUGCAUACCGUGCACACAUAUUACGCAUUCAGUAUGCAUGGGCAAACUCAGAGAUCUCUCAGGUCUGUGCUGCCAGACUGUUCAAAAGGUAUGCAGAAAAAUAUUCUGCAAUUGUUGAUUCUGACAAUGUUGAAACUGGCUUGAAUAAUUACGCAGAAAACAUUUUAGCUUUGGCAAGAUCUCAACAGGCUGACAGUGACAAGUGGCAAUCCAGACUGUCAAUAAAUAAUGUUCUCAAGAUGAGUAGUGUACAGAAGAUGAUGCAAGCUGGCCAGAAAAUGAAGGAGUCUCUAUUAGAACCUGCCGACGAAGCAGUAGGCACCCGUAAAGAAGCUGCUGUCUUUGAUCUUAAAUUUAGUGUCUGUGGUGGUCUUGGAGAGGGUGACAUUUUACCCAGUUCAGAUAGAACCCGAAGGACCCCUGGGAGCAAUCCGGGGCAUAGUCAGCCUCAGAGUGCUCCACCACCUAUGGUGACUAGCACCACAAAGGCUUGUCCCACCUCCUCAACACCUUUAUUUGAAUCAGCCACUGGAAAAUUCCAUGCUACACCAUUAUUUGGAAAUACCAAAAAGGAAAGUCGCAGCUCUCCUAAAGCCAACACAGGACUAAGUAUGUUUUUAUCUAAUCAGUCCGGUUUACCUUCUGGCUCUGAAAAUCCACAGGAAAGGAAGGCUUUUUAUGGUUCUGGCAUGAUUGACAUGAUUUCUAAUCCAGUACUGAAUAAGGCUUUUAGUAAAACAGAAGACAGUGGCCAAAGGGAGGAUAACUGCCUGCCUUCCUUUAAAACUGCAAAAGAACAGUUAUGGGCAGAUCAGCAAAAAAAGUGCCACCAACCCCAGCGUGCAUCAGGAUCUUCAUAUGGGGGCGUUAAGAAGUCUCUGGGAGCUGGGAGGUCUCGGGGGAUAUUUGGAAAAUUUAUUCCUCCUGUAGCCAAGUCAGAUGGAGGAGAGCAGAAUGGAGGGCUGCAGUAUAAGCUGAGUGGGACAGGGCCCUCAGAGGCAGCACAUCCUCUUGAUGACCGUCUGAAGAACUUGGAGCCAAAGAUGAUUGAACUUAUUAUGAAUGAAAUUAUGGACCAUGGGCCUCCAGUAAAUUGGGAAGACAUUGCAGGAGUAGAAUUUGCCAAAGCCACAAUAAAGGAAAUCGUUGUAUGGCCCAUGAUGAGGCCAGAUAUCUUUACUGGGUUACGAGGCCCCCCUAAAGGAAUUUUGCUCUUUGGCCCUCCAGGGACUGGUAAAACCCUAAUUGGCAAAUGCAUUGCUAGUCAGUCAGGGGCGACGUUCUUCAGCAUCUCUGCUUCAUCCUUGACUUCUAAGUGGGUAGGUGAGGGGGAGAAAAUGGUCCGUGCGCUUUUUGCUGUUGCAAGGUAUCAGCAGCCAGCUGUGAUAUUUAUUGAUGAAAUUGAUUCUCUGUUAUCUCAGCGAGGAGAUGGGGAGCAUGAAUCUUCUAGAAGGAUAAAAACCGAGUUUUUAGUUCAGUUAGAUGGAGCAAGCACGUCUGCUGAAGACCGUAUAUUAGUGGUGGGAGCCACAAAUCGGCCCCAAGAGAUCGAUGAAGCUGCCCGGAGAAGAUUGGUGAAAAGGCUUUAUAUUCCCCUCCCAGAAGCUUCAGCUAGAAAACAGAUAGUAAUUAAUCUCAUGUCCAAAGAGCAGUGUUGCCUCAGUGAUGAAGAAACUGAGCUGGUGGUGCAGCAUUCUCAAGGGUUUUCUGGAGCAGACAUGACACAACUUUGCAGAGAAGCUUCUCUUGGUCCUAUCCGAAGUUUGCACACUGCUGACAUUGCUACCAUCACCCCAGAUCAAGUUCGACCAAUAACUUACACUGAUUUUGAAAAUGCUUUUAGAACUGUGCGACCUAGUGUGUCUCCAAAAGACCUAGAACUUUAUGAAAACUGGAACAAAACAUUUGGUUGUGGGAAGUAAAACAAUUGAAAAGAAGAGAUGGCAUCUUUAUAGUACAGUCUUUUAACUGUUAGCAUAGGAUGGAGUGUUGCUUGUGUUUUGGGGGGUGUAUCCUGAAUUCUAUACUUCAAGCUGAAUACUGACUGAUGUACCCUAUAUUAAUAAUGUUGUGUUGCCUUCCAGUUAUCUGAUGUAUAAGCUUACUAAAAGAGAAUGACCUUUUUGCUUCUAAGGAGUCUUGAAGAUACAUAAUAAGAAUACUGAACUCAAAUUGAAUCUAGUCUGAUUACAAUUUUAUGUGAAAGUAUGUGUGAUUGAUGUGAUCUUUUAUUCAAUAAAAUUGCUUUGGAAGCCUC